AGUAAUAGUAGUAGUAAUAGUAGUAGUAGUAGUUGUAGUAGUAAGAAAAGUGUAAGAACUGUUGUAAAAUCCAUCUACUACAACCACUACUACUACUACUACUACUACUACUACUACUACUGCUACUACUACUAUUACUAUUUCAAGAUGGAUAUUAUGUGGAGUUCAAUGGUGUGGUGGGUCGGGCGCCGCAGGAUGUCGCCCCCCCCGCCGCUGCGCCACUUCAGCCGGGGUCACGCCCCCCUGCCGGCCCCCAGGGUGACGGAGGACACGCCCCCUGACCUGCUGGAGGGUCACAUGGAUCUCACCGUCAUCCUGCCCGCCGGCCACAGGGUCAACAUGGCCGUGCACAGGAGCACACCCAUGAUGGACCUCCUCAUCCAGGUGACCACGGCCCACAAGAUCAACCCUGGGGGACACAUCAUCCACCUGGUGUCCGACAACAGGCUGCUCACCUACAAGCCCUCCACGCCCAUAGGCACAUUGGACACCAGCGUGAUUAAAAUAGUGCCCAAGAACAAGGUUAACGAGGAGGCGCGGGCGCGGCGUGCACACCUGGUCACACAGCAGCACGAGAAGAACAUCAGAUUAAAGCCUAAGCCGUAUGUCUUCAAGCAACAACUGGUGGUCAAUCUCCCACGUCAGCAGUUAGCCGUGUACCGCGUCCCCCCUCGAACGCUCAUUUCCGAAGUGCUGACCAUGGUGUGUAGAGACCGCGGACUGGACGCUGAGACCCACGAAAUACGUCACCCUGUUAACAUAGACGAGCGGCUCCGCGGGUCCUGUACCCUCGCUGACUACCAACUCCAGGAGGUCAGCAUCGUACCCAGGGACUUCCAGGCGCCCCCUCUCAGCGUGUCUGACCUCCUGACCAUGGCGGCGAUAUCCAGGGACGCCCACGCCGCCCAUGGUCCCGGCGGGGGCGUGGGGGAGAGGGAGAAGCGAAGAGGAGGAGGAGGAGGAGGAGGAGGAGGCUUGCUGUCCAUUUUUUCAAGGAAGGCGAAGUCGUCCACCGGGGAGAGCAGUUUGUCUUCCGAAAGUGCUGGCGAUCGUAGUGUGAGCCCAGCUAGGAGCGAUCUGUCAGGAGGAGGAGGAGGAGGAGGAGGAAGCGGAGGAGGAGGAGGAGGAGGAGGAGGAGUCGUUCCCGCCUCCUCCUCCUCUUCCUCUCAUCCUUCUUCUCAACCUCUCCCUCCGAUAUCCUCUUCCUCCUCCUCCUCAACCCUCACUCCUUCCUCCUCCUCCUCCUCUCCUGAUGCGCCUCCUCCUCCUCCUGUACGGCCGAGGAAGAGGCAGGCUCCCCCGCCCCCCCCUGGAGAGACCAAUGGCAAGGAGGCUCAAAGGAGAGACCCAGGAGGAGGAGGAGGAGGAGGAGGAGGAGGAGGAGUUUCUCUCUCCAGAUGUUCUUCCUCCUCCUCCGGCUACCAUGAUCUUCGCUCCCCCCAUACCAGUCCCGCGGGGUCAGAGGUCAGCUCCGAGGUCACCCACCACCACCACACCACCACCACCACCACCACCACCAACCUGACCUCCACCACCUCCACCUCCUCUCUCUCUCUCAUUUCUCGAGGGAAGCGUCGAGCCCCCCCACCCCCGAAAGCCCCCACUGUGGCCCCCCCUGUGGCUAUCCCGGAGGAGGGAGAGUCGCCCCCUGUGACCUCGACCCCUGAAUCCUCUAUCCCUGCUCCCCUGGUGACCUCAACCCCAUUAAAGGUUUCCGAUCCUCCUCAAAGGGAAUCGGAUUCUUCUAAAAGGGAUCAGGCGCCUCAGAGUGGAGGAUCAGAGGUGCCGGUGGUGCCAUCCUCCUCCGUGGGUCCUCCUCCUCCCUCCUCUCCAUCCCCGUCUUCCUCCUCCUCCUCCUCCUCCUCCUCCUUUAGUUAUGAGAAGAAUAUCCCAGCAACAGAGACCUCUCCUCCUCCUCCUCCCUCCUCCUCCUCCUCCUCCCAGCCCUCAGAACCUUUCCAACACCUCAACCUCAACACCACCACCACCACCACCACCUCCACCCACCACCUCCACCACCACCCAACCCCACCUCCACCCUCCUACAGCUUAAAUGGAGAAGAAGAGGAAGAGGAAGAGGAGAAGAGGAAGAAGAAGAAGAAGAAGAAGAAGGAGGAGGAAGAACUACCCCAGGACUUGUCAAAACCACCCCAGGACUUGCCAAAUCUACCCCAGGGUCACCAGAAACUACCCCAGGAGCUGUCAAACUUACCCCAGGGUGCCCCCAAUCUACCCCAGGGUCUGUCAAACUUACCCCAGGGUCAAUCUCUACCCCAGGAUGCCUCCAGAGCCCCAAAAUUGCCCCAGAAGAAGCCCCAGUUAAUGCCCCAGGGGUCAAAAGCUCACCCCCAGUACCCUGUGGUUGCCCCCCGGAGAAGAGUCGUAGCCCCCAGUUCCCCCCAGGAAAAUACCCCCACCCCCCUCUCCCCCCCUCCGGCCCCCCUCCCUCGCCACCACCAGGGGAGGAAGAAGGAAGAGGAGGAGGAGGAGGAGGAGGAGAGAAAGAGAGAAAGGAGGAAAGAGAAAGAGAGAGAGAGAAAAGUGAAAACGGAGAGAGAAACCGAGAUAGAGAGAGAGAAAAUGAGAGAGAGAGAGAAAAAGAGAGAGAGAAAACUAAAAACGGAGAGAGAAACCGAGAUAGAGAGAGAGAAAAAGAGAGCGAGCGAGCGAGAGAGGGAGCGAGAGAGCGAGAGUGCCAGGCUGAGCAGGGCAGACAGCAGGUCCACGCUUGGCACCCACAGCACAAGUAGCAGGAGCAGUGCCGACAGCAGGAGUGCCAUACCAACCUUCCGUAUGGUGACUCAGAGCCAGACCAAGAUGAGUGCCGCGAGGGGUGCCUCCAACAGUGCCACGAACGAACAUACGAACACACACACCAACGGACGUCUCUUCGUAGCGGACGGCACCUCCCAGACGGUCCAGGACAGUGCCGAUGGGAGUGCCAGUGCCAAGGGGGGUAGGAAGGCACUGCUCUCGGGGAGUGUCGGGCGGAAAAUCUUCGGAAAAAAAGCAAAAAAAGAAAAGUUAUCGGAUGGCUUUGGGAGUCUCGGACGGAACAACAACAACAACAACAACAACAUCAACUAUACAGGAAGCCUUGAUCGAAGUUAUGGAAGAGGAAGAGGAAGAGAGGAGGAGGAGGAGGAGGAGGAGGGGAGGAAGAACUCAAGGCCCAGAGGAGGAAGAAGCCUGGCAGAGGGACGAUUCGGAGGAGGAGAAGAGGAGGAAGAUGGAGGUUUCAGAGGCGGAAGAGGAGGAGGAGGAGGAACCUUCGCCGGGGAAAAUUCAGGUUUCGGGGAAGUUUUCGGGGAUUUCGGGGCGGAAAACUUCGGGGCAGAAAAUCUCUCCGACGGAAGUGAUUUGGAAUUCAAUGAGGAACUUUUUGAGCCUCGGUACCUGCUCGGAGGAAUGCUGAUUACCUCCACACCUGAGAAAGUUACCUCCGUUCCCUCCGCUCCUCCAGAACCUCUCUCUCCCCUCCCUCCAUCCCCCAGCUCCUCCUCCUCUUCCUCUUCUUGUGAGUCAAAACCGUCCUCUCUGAAACGUCCACCAAGAUCACAAGGAGGGAAGAAUCACACUCCUCCUCCUCCUUCCUCCUCUUCCCCUCCUCCUCCUCCGCCAAGACGAACACAUAUCGAGAGGAGGAAGAAGGAGGAGGAGACCAGGAAGAGGAAGGAGGAAGAGGAGGAGGAGGAUCUACAAAGCAAAUACCUCGAUCAUUUUGCCAAGUUACGUGAGAUUGACUCUGAACUUCUCUCUCUCUUGUCGGAGGAAGGUGUCGAUAGUUCUCCCUCUCUCUCCCUCUCCUCCUCCUUCUCCAACUUGGCACUCCUCCAGAACAGUGCCAAGGGACCUCAGGCACCCUCAGAGCCACCCGGACCUCACCCCAAAGCCAAGGGAGUGCCGGAAAGUGCCAGAAUUCGGAGCGACGUAAAUUUGGUACCUCACGAAACGUCGAAAAAAGUGCCGUUCGGUGUCAACCCCAACCCAGUGGCACUCUCUGUAGGCACUCAUCACCCCCGGAAAGCCCCAGCAGUGCCAAGCGGUGCCUCCGGAAGUGCCGAAACAGGACCAGUGCCACAGAAAACGACAGUGCCGCCAGUGUCCGCAGUGCCGUCAGCGAGCAGUGCCGCCAGCUACAAGGCCGGGUACUUGGCACUCAUGGCUCAGCUGCACCCGGAAGUGACACUGGAGCCUGGCACUGUCCCUGGCACCACCACCACCACCACCACCAUCACCACCAACACCUCCACCACCACUUCUCUGUUCUCAGACUCAGACCACGAGGUACAGACCCAUCGCGCGAGUUUCUCCUCUGAGAGCUCUGGCGAGGAGGGAGACGCAGACCAGCACAGGAGCAAGGCGCCCGCACCGUCCCGGCACCGCGAAGGGACGGCGCCGGGUGCCGGAAUCGCGCGCCGGGACCAGGAAUCCGCGGGACGUUACGGAGGCGAGCGCAGGAGCGAGGAUAGUGACAGUACCAGCAGCGAGAGUGACGGAGGUGCGCACAGGAGCAAUGAGAAGACCGAUAGUGAGAGUGAGAGUGACAGCGACUCGAAAAUACCAACAAGCCGACUUCGCGGUGACGGAAUCGCGCACCGGGGCAAUGAAUCUUCACCCCGGGACGCGAAAGGUGACGGAUUUGCGCACAGGAGCGAGGAUAGCGACACCAGCACCCACUCUUCACCUGUAGCCGGAAAACGCGAUAAGGGUGACGGAUUUGCGCACAGGAGCAACGCACAUCGCUCUAAAUCACCCCCUAGGGCCUCAAAACACGCGAAAAGUGACGGAUUUGCGCACAGGAGCGAGGAGAGCGACAGCAGUGGUCAUUCUUCACCUUCUAUGCCCAGAAAACUCAAAGGUAACAAAUCUGCGCACAGGGGCAAUGAGUCCUCCCAUACACACGAAAGGCGUUACGGAGGAGGGCACAGGAGCGAGGAAUCCGACACGAGCAGCCACUCUUCACCUACGGCAAGAAAACGCGACAAGGGUGACGGAUUCGCGCACAGGGGCAAUGAGUCUUCCUCCAGGCAUGUAAGAGGUGACAGAGCUGAGCGCAGGAGCAAUGAGAGCAGUGAUGAGGCGCCCACACCGCCACCGACGCGUAGAAACCAGGUCCGUGGGCGCGGGAGUCGGGGUGUCGGAGAUGCGCGCCGGAGCAGUGAGAGCAGUCGGUCGCCCUCCCCUCGUCCUACAGAGAAGCGGUACGGAGGUGUGCACAGGAGCGAGGAGUCGGACAGUAGCGGGCAUUCCUCUCCUAUAACCAGAAAUCGCGGGAAAGGUGACGGUUUCGCGCACAGGAGCAACGCGCAUCAGUCUAAAUCGCCGUCCGGGGGGUCAAAACGCACGCCAAGUUACGGAGUUGCGCACAGGAGCGAGGAUAGCGAGAGUAACAGCGAUUCUGCACCUCCGAAAGCCAGAAAUCGCGAUAGAGGUGACGGUUUAGCGCUCAGGGGCAACGCGCAUCGCUCAAACUCGCCGCCCAGGGAGUCGAGACGCGUGGAGGGUUACGGGGAAGCGCACAGGAGCGAUGAGUCCCCCCCGCCGUCGCCGCAGCCUCCCAAGAGAACAAAAAGGGUCGGAAAAUCGCGAACCGUGAAUUCCGUAAAACCUGAAUCACCCAAAAAUCGCGAAAAUGGAAUGGUCGCUAAGAAGAAGGAGGAAGAGGAGGAGGAGGAAGACAGACGAAGAGGAGGAAGAGGAAGGCCACGACAGCGUUCCCCUUCCUCCUCCUCCUCUUCAUCCUCCUCCUCAGAAGAAGAGUCACAUAAGGAAGAGGUGAGGAGGAAGAAGGAGGAGGAGGAGGAAGAGGAGAGGAGUCUGUCAUGGGCGUACCCUCUUCCUGACCCCCCCACCCCCUUCCAGGACCGCCCCUCCCCCCCUCGGAAGAAGAAGGAAGAGGAGGAGGAGGAGAAGAAGAAGAAGAAGAAGAAGAAGGAGGAGGAGGAGGAGGAGAGACUUAUCAUCAAACCAAAAGAGGAAGGAAGGAAGGAAGGAAGAGAGAAGAGGAGGAGAAGAAGAAACAGGAGGAGAGGGUCUUCCUUAACGUCUUCCUCCUCCUCCUCCUCCUCCUUAAGCGCAGAGGAGGAGGAGGGAGGAGGGAAGGAGGAGAGGAGGAAGAGAGACAUGAUUGCGGAACUCAAAUCCGCGAUACUUGAAUCAAACACAACAAAACCGCGAACCGAACCAAGAAUCAUUGAACUCACCCCCAAACAAACGCUCGUGUACGCCAGCCACGCGCACACGCCCACGCCCACGGACACGCCCACGCCUACAGCAACCUCUCCCCCACCUACACACGCACACACAGCCCCCGCACACGCACACACACACGCACACAGGCAAGAUUCCUCAACCUAUGAAUCGUGCGAAGACUCAAAAAUCACAAAAAUUCGAUCCUCCUCCUCCUCUUCCGUCUCCUCCUCCGCCGCCUCCCAUAGCUACGACAGCGCCCCCCCUCCUCUGCCAGACACCCCCGCCCCCCCUGGGCUCCCCAGCAAAGCCACGGGGGGCGCGGAUCCCCAGGGGGCGAGAUAUAAACCCCCCGUUGUGUCAUUCUCCAUUUCGACCUACAAGUCCAGGGCCCAAGAAAUCAGUUAUGACAAGGUCGUUAAAAGUGAGCCUUCCACUCCCUCCACUGCCUCCUCCACUACCUCCACUGCCUCCUCCACUACCUCCACUGUUACCUCCACCUCCGCCACUACCUCUGCCGCCCCCGCUGCCCCCCACGCCCCUCCAGGCAAGCCAGUACUCCCGGAAAAGCCGUUCUUCAGGGAGUUUUCAAGCGGGAAUUUGAAGAACGCCCCCGCCAGAUGGGUUGUAAGGGGGGCUUCUGAAGGGGAUCGCCGCCCCCCACACGCCUUCCGCCCCCCCGCCGCCCUCCGCAGGACACAGGGUUCGGUACUAGCCCGCGCGGCCUCCCUGGGCAGCCUCUGGGCCCCUGAGAAGGAGUUCCGCCGCGCCCAGUCCUCCAGUGACCUAUCCCAGGGUAACAACGCACCACCAGGAGGAAGAGGAGGAAGAAUGCAGGGCGGAGGAGGAGGAACUGGAGGGAACGGAGAGAGGGUCGGAGGGAACCCAGAAUCCUACAACCCUUCCUUCCCUAACAUGAAUCCUAACUUCGGAGGAGGAUUCGGAGGCAUGGGAGGAGGAAACGGGGGUCCUGGAGGCACUGGAGGGGGAGGAGGGAUGCCCUUCUUCAUGGGGGGAGGUGGAGGAGUGCCCGGAGGAGGAGGAGGAGGAGGAGGAGGGCCGUUUAUGCUUGGAGAGGCCGGACUGGCAGACGAAUUCAUGAAGCUUCAACAGGACUUCUAUAAAUGGCAACAACAACUCCUUCAAAACCAGCAUGUCCUGCACUCCCGCGUGGCGCCCCUGGCCUCCAACCCCCCCCAGCUGCAGAGUGUAGGGGUCAUGAGGGACAUCCUAGGCAGCGGACCCUCCCAGCAGGCACCCCCCCAGCAAGCCCCGCCCCCCCAGCAGCAGGAGGUGUUGGUGGAGGCCCGGAACCCCAGCGUAGGCCCAGGGGUUCCGGGGGGGGCAGGGGUCCGACGACAGCCUGUGGAGCGGAUUAUAAAUAUUAGAUUUGAGGAUGGACCGAGUGAGACCAGCGAUGCGGAGCUCCACGCCCCGACCUUCUCGCGACCCGCCCCAGUGAUGUCCGACCUGACCCGAGGUAUGGGACAGGUCAACAUUAGGCCCCAGCAGCAACAACAACAACAACAACAACAACAACAACAACAACAACAGCAGAAUAGGAGAUGGGAGGAACCUCAAAUCAACAUCGGAACUUGGCAAGACCGUUCACCUAUGCCCCCCCAGGAGGCCCCAGGGUACCCCCCCAUGCCCUCCCCCACCCCUAUCACCCCUGUGGCAGCCCCUACCCAGCCCAUGCCCAAGCCCGUGCCCCAGGGCAUACCACAGGGGAUGCGACAGCCCUACCAGCAACCUCAGCCAACCCAGCCGAUAUCCCAGCCCAUAUCCCAGCCCAUAUCCCAGCCCAUUUCCCAGCCUAUGUCACAGGGUAUGGGUCCAGGGGUGCCCCAGGGUAUGCCCCAGCAGCGUAUGUCCCCCAGACCACAGGGGCCCCGGGGGUACGUCAAACCGGUGGGUGAGAACACUGGGAACAACAACGGGAGUGCGGUUCGAGUUAGCCAGUGGCCCCCUACACAACCCUCUGGUCCUGCUAAUAUAUCUGCUGUCCCUGCUAGUUCUGCUGUGCCUGCUGCUGUGGAGUCAUACCAGGCCCUCCCCCCUGAGCAGAAGCAGCAGUUCGCGCAGUUUAUCCAACAACAACAACAACAGCACCCUCAGGAUUGGCCACCACAGAAGCCAAGUCCGCAAGUCGCCCCAACACAGCAGUUACCAUACCAGCCACAGCCUCUGCAAACUCGCCCUUCUCCUGCUGUUUCUGCUUCCCCUGCUGCUGCGACCGGGCCUCCACCUGCUUCUACUGCCCCGUCUGCUACCUGGCCCACUAAGCAGCCCUCCCCGCAGCCCCAGACAGCCCCGCAACAGCCCCAAACAGCCCCGCAGCAGCCAGACAGGACCGCAUUCUGGAAGGAGCUGGAAAAUAAGAGACAAGGCUUGGGGUUGACGCAGGAAGAGGAGGAGGAGGAGGCAAGAGGAGGAGGAGGAGGAGGAGGAGAAGGAGGAAGAAGAGAGUCCCCGCCACAGGAUCAAAAUCGCCCUCAAUACUUCUUCAAUGGUGAGACAACCGCAUCAACCGGAGCUCAACCAACAACCGGAGGACCAUCAACCGGGACCGGCGGACCACGGUACACCUCAGUGGUCACGGUAGCCUCCGACGGGCAACCGGAAUCAACCGCAACAAGAGAUAAGGUCCGAUCGGUGGUCCAACUCAACACGGAACCUAGUCAACCGAUGUCGCAGGCUCUACCGACUCAACCGGCGCAGACCCAACCACCGCAGAUGCCUCAACCGGUACCUCAGGCCCCCUCGCAGCCCCCCCAGGCCAGACCCGCUCCGGUAGUCCGCGGGUUCCGGCAGAAUUCACCUCCAACCGACGAGUUCUCCAGCCGAAUCAUCGAGGGAGCACGUCCGCUCACAACCGCAUCUCCUCAGAAAACACCUCCCCAGCGCGCAUCACCACCGCACACCUCCGCACCUCCACCACCACCAGCUCCGCCCAUCCCCCCCGCACCCCCCAUGGCACCUCCCGCACCUCCAGCCCCCCCAGGAGAGCGGAGAUCGUCGAAUGGAAAGAGGAUUGUCUCUCCGAAGGGUGGACCAAGUUUGGACGCUCGAGAGGAGCUGAUGAUGGCCAUUCGAAACCAUGGAGGAAUGAGGUCGCUGAAGAGGACACAUCAACCUCCCGUGCCCCAGUGAGGAGGAGGAGGAGGAGGAGGAGGAGGAGGAAGAGGAGGUAUGGGGUAGGUGACGGAUUGUGUGUGUGUGUAUGUUCGUUAGAAAGAGGAGGAGGAGAGGAAGAGUGUGAGGAGGAGGAGGAGGAGGAGGAAGAGGAGGAAGAGGAGGAGGAGGAGGAGGAUAAUUAUAUAUACAGGCUCAACUGAUUAAAAUAUAUAAUAAUAAUAAUAAUUUAAAUGAUAUAUUACAAUUAUUAUUAUUAUUAUUAUUAUUAUUAUUAUUAUUAUUAUUAUUAUUAUUAUUAAGUGCGUGUGUGUGUGUGUACGUAUUCAAUGUAUUAUGUAUAGGCCUAAACACACACACACACACACACACACACACACACACACACACACACACAUACAUACAUACAUAC